CAUCGGUCAGACUUGGAGCGAACAUCGGAAACAUCCGCAUCAACACCUCCGUGAAGGAUCGGGCUGUCCGCUGCUGUGCUGAGUCACCAUGGGGAACUGUCUGACUGUGGGUCCAAACGAGGCGCUGGUGGUGUCCGGUGGCUGUUGUGGCUCUGGUGAUAAGACCUAUGUCGUGGGAGGCUGGGCCUGGGCUUGGUGGCUCGUCUCAGACACCCAAAGAAUAACCCUGGAGAUCAUGACUCUGCAGCCCCGGUGUGAGGAUGUAGAGACAGCAGAGGGGGUAGCCAUCACUGUCACAGGGGUGGCUCAGGUGAAAGUCAUGACGGAGCACGACCUGCUGGCAAUAGCUUGUGAGCAGUUUCUGGGUAAAUCAGUGAUGGAAAUCAAGUCUGUAGUUCUGCAGACUUUGGAGGGACACCUGCGCUCCAUUCUAGGUACCUUGACUGUCGAGCAGAUCUAUCAGGACAGGGACCAGUUUGCUAGACUGGUGAGGGAGGUAGCAGCUCCUGAUGUGGGCAGGAUGGGCAUCGAGAUUCUCAGCUUUACCAUUAAGGAUGUCUAUGAUAAACUGGAUUACCUGAGCUCUCUUGGGAAGACCCAGACUGCAGCUGUCCAGAGGGAUGCAGACAUCGGUGUGGCUGAGGCAGAGAGGGAUGCUGGGAUACGGGAAGCAGAAUGUAAGAAGGAGAUGAUGGAUGUCAAAUUCCAGGCUGACACCAAGAUGGCCGACUCCAAACGAGAACUGGAGCUGCAGAAAGCUUCCUUCAACCAGGAGGUCAACACGAAGAAAGCAGAGGCUCAGCUGGCGUACGAGCUGCAGGCAGCCAAGGAGCAGCAAAAGAUCCGUCUGGAGGAGAUUGAGAUCCAGGUGGUGCAGAGGAAGAAGCAGAUCACCAUUGAGGAGAAGGAGAUCGAUCGGACUGACAAGGAGCUCCUUGCCACGGUCAAGAGACCAGCUGAGGCCGAGGCCUACAAAAUGCAGCAGCUGGCUGAGGGGCACAAGAUGAAAACGGUGCUGAUAGCUCAGGCAGAGGCAGAGAAGAUCAGGAAGAUCGGUGAGGCGGAGGCCUGCUCGAUCGAAGCCGUCGGCAAGGCGGAGGCUGAGAAGAUGAGGCUGAAGGCGGAGGCCUACCAGCAGUACGGAGAGGCAGCUAAGACUGCCCUGGUACUUGAGGCCCUGCCUAAGAUUACAUCCAAGGUGGCGGCGCCAUUAGCCAAGACCAGUGAGAUUGUCAUCCUGAGCGGGGAGGGCAGCCGUGUGACGGGCGAGGUCAACCGCCUUUUGGCUGAACUUCCUGUAUCUGUCAAUGCUCUCACUGGAGUGGAUUUGUCAAAGCUGCCGUUGCUGCAGAAGAUGACCAGCGCUCAAGCCUGAAACCAGACUCCACAUGACUCCAGUAUCUGUUGUAUGCACUCUCAUAGACUGCCUUUAAUACACUUGAAAAAUGUUGUUGUUUUAUACAUAUACACUGUAAACCAAGUGAAUUUUGGAAACCUCUGGUGCCUUACUUUAUACAGGACCAGAAAAUCUGCAUGCACUGCUGCUCAUUCAAAGAAUUUUAUUUAUUUAUUUCCUUUUUGUGUUUUUAGUUUUUGUAUUUGAAUUGUAAAUAUCGGCCCGUUUGUAUGAAAUGUCACUGAAGAGGAGAGCCGCUGUGAGACGGGUGUGAAGGUCGAGCACCAACUGACUCUCACCCAGGUUACCUUUACAUUAUCAUGUGACCUGACAGCUGAUGUUAACACCUAUUCUUUGGUAUUUAUACACCGGGGCUCUGCUUUUUCAGACAACAAGGCCUCUGCUGUCACUUUGAGCCUCCAUCUGUUGUAGGCCUUUCUGCUGAUUUACACAACUCUAUCGUUAGACACAACGCAUUCCCUGUAGAGCUGAAUAUGUGUUGUACACGUAAUUUUUAACUAUCAAAUGUUAUUCUGGUUAUUUUAUGUCUCAGUGAUUGAUUUUUAUGUAACAUGUAACAAAGGUGCUCACAAUCUUAAAAGAGGCCCCUUUUAUUGUUCUUACCUCCAUUUAAAUUGUUCCCAUCUGCACAGUUUUCUCCGGGUUUUCUCUGUUCCCCUGGAAGAAGUUUCGUUCUCUGCAAACUGUUGAUAUCAGACAUGACACAAGAUGAUUAUUAUUUAUAUGCUGACAGAAAAACGGUAGUCUCUAGAAGUAAAUUCUGAUCUUGUGCUGAUAUAUCUAGCUUAUACUGUGCUCCUUAUUUAGUGUGGGUUUUAAUGUAAAAUGUUUGUAGUUUUUGCGAUAAAGGAAAACACUGAACAAAUUGGUUGGUAUAUGAAAAAAGUGAAGUCAGUAAAAAUGACAGAAUUUGUGUCAAAUGUGUUUAUAUUGUGAAAAAAAAGCUUAAUGUGAAUAGAUUCUGAAAAAGGCCAAACAGAAUAGACUGUCUUUUCAUUUAUAUUGUACCAGAAGGAGGUACUCAGGAUACUAAAUAGUUUUUCUGACACUGAUGUUUAAUUUCAUGGUACAAAUAUCUGUAAAUGCUAAGCCAUGUUUGACAGGUUGUGUCAACAAACCGAACUUUUACAUUUCACAGAAACACACUUUCUGUUCAGUGUGGGUACAAAUCUGCACUGUCACAGAUAUAUAAGGACAUUUUAGAUGAGUAACUUAUUGAUCAAUGUUUUAUCUGUGUUUUAAUGAGUGAUAUUGCUGUUUGUAAAUGAUUAUUGUGCUUUGUUGUUUUGGGGUCAAAUGCACCAAAUGUUACUCUCCAGUGCAGCAGCACACGAUCUGACGCUCGGUUCAGUGUCAGAGAUUUGACUGGGAGGGGGUAGUUGUCAUGUACAGUGUAUUAUUGGGCAUAACAGAUUGACCCUUCCCAUGAAAUGUUUUUUCAUGGGAACCUGAACCUGCUCGUCUCCCCUCAAAGCUGCACUCACUUCUAAGCUACACCGAGACUCACUUUUAAGUAUGAGCAUACUGACACCAAAUUUACGGAGGACUGUUAUUAUUGUUGUCGAUGGGGUUUUUUUCUUUACUAGUCGCUCAUCCUCAGUUCAUUUAUGUUUGUAUGCUUCUUUCCUGAUGUAGUGACUUGACAAAUACUGUGACCAUAUUGAUUUGUUUUUGGCAAGCAAAUAUUUUAAACUUCAGAUGUGUUCAGUAUGUAAACUUAACUCUGAUUUGUCUGUCUUCAAUGUUUUUGUGAACUUUUGUGUUAAAUACCUAAUGUUAUUUAUAACAUGUCUCAAAUGGCCAUGACUUCCUCUAUGCUCUUGCUGCAUGCCAUUUGUCUGUACGCAGAAUAAUCACUUCACUCUUAGCUACUUGUCAUUCUAAUAAAUAAAAAUGCCAUUAUU